UGUGCGCAAACCUGUAAUGUUAGAGCUCCAGGAGUUCGUAUGAUGAACGCGCGACGAUUCUUAAAACCCAGUCAUCUCGACACAUACAGACGGGAUAAAUUUGGAUGAUUCGUUUACGUUACAUUUUAUUUAUGACACAUUUUCUGUCACAACGGAACGCUACUUUACAAGACGUCUAAAGAUGUUGACGUUCGAGUCUCUUCUCGUGAAAGAGUUGCAGAAGCAACAGAGCAGGGCAGAGUUAUGUGACAUUGUGCUGCAUACUCAAGGUGUAUCUGUGCCUGUGCACAGCUGUGUGUUGUCUGCCUUUAGCCCUUGGCUCCGAGGUGCUCUGUCAACCGUGCCAUCAUCCGGGCAAAAGCAGCUGAUUGAGAUCCAGGCUAAGGAAGCUUGCACAUUGCUCAGUCUGGUCACUCUGCUGUACUCGGGUCAGUUUAAUGAGGACAAAGAUGAAGUCCUCUCAGUCGCUUGCAAACUAGGCAUCAACAUACCUCAGCAAGACACUACAGCAGCAAGCAAAAGUCACCUUGGUAAAGCAGAGAGUGGGAGUCAGACCGGAACGCAUACAGAGCACACAAAAGAAUUGGUGGAGAGAGAGUGUCAGACCGAGAUUCUCUGCACAGCAACUCUGACGCUGCCCUCUGAAUGUCCUGAGGACACUGUUGAAACUGUUAAUGUGAUUGACUUGUCAUCAUGGAGAUCAGACCAAGGGCUCGACCCAUUCUCCACUCUGUCUGAUAUUACUCUGACAACACUUGUCCAGGGUGUUCCAGAGAAGUUGCCUUUUUGCCAAGCCAUGGAUGGGGUCCCUGAAAACUCUAUGUAUCCCACAGUGAGUGCACCUGCCUGUGCGGCACAGGGUUACGCAUGCCCCACUGAAAGCUGGUCUGCCCCGCCGCCACCCCAAACUCAUCCUUGUUAUGGUACACAGCCAUUGGGCAGUCAGGGCCAGUCAACAUUGGGGGCGAUUAUGCAGGGUGAGGAGUACGAUGUGGGAGGAUUAGAAGAGUUUGAGAACAAUAUCCCGGGUUUUAUUAACUGUUUCCUGAAAGCCAACAGUACUCGGGGUGCAAGGCAAACAGGGAAAAGUCAGAGAGGGAUGAGAGGAGAUGUCAAAACUGGUGUAACGGCAAGGCGUGCGAGACGUGGAAGGCCGACAGGAAAUAGUGCUUUUAAAAGUGAGGGUUGGAGUAUUAGAAAAAUAGAACAACAUGUGCAUAGGUUUGGAAGAGUGGCAUGUUCAGUCAGGAUCGGGCAAGGGGGAGGUAGAGUUGGCAGGAUAUUAGGCACAAGACAUGUACUGAAGCAUCAAGGGAGACUUAACCGGAGACAAGCCAGAGGAGCGAGUUAUGAAGUGGAAGGAAAGACAGGCAGGGCUUCAACAAGAGGCAGAGCCAAAAAGAGACAGGCAGAGAGCAGAUUCGUAGAGCCAGAGGGUCAGGAUGAAGCUCCACCUAUCAAGCGACAAAGAGGUCGACCCCCCAAAUGUGCCUUGCCUAGAAACUCAGCUCAACGUAAAAUGUCCUCAUCUGAGCUGAAGGCUUCAAACCCUCCAGCUGCUUUCCUGAUGCACACAGCUGCUCUCCCAGCAGCCAAUCAAAUGGGCCUCGUUCAGCCACUGGAUUGGCUAAUCGAUGAUGUCAUUGCGCAGCUCCCUUUUAUGCCCCCCAUCACCUCUGGAGCUCAGGAGGGAUUCAUGAGUACAGAUUCCCAACCAAGACAACAAACCUCAGCAAAGAUUGCUGAUCUCGGUAUGGUUCAACCGCAACCUGAAGGUGAGCUUACUGACAUCCUCGACAGUUUUCUGAGAACGUUUGAUCAACAUAUGGGUGCAUGUGACUCAGAAGUCCGGGAUGGGAUGGCAGACGGGUCACAAAGCAAGGACCCAGAUAAGACGAGAGAUGCAAAUCGACAUUCUGCUCAAAACUACACAGCCCAUGGGACAUCAGGUUCACACACAAGAAAUGAAAGAGACCUUUUCAGGGCUUCCUCUGUGAACACAACAACACCACUAGGCCCAACAGCAUCAUCCCAUAAAAGACGAAAAGUGUCUGCUGACAGACCCACAUCUUCCUGUGAGGCCUCAGGUGUAAAUGUAAAGAAACUAAAAGGACGACAAAGUGAGAAGUCUGAAAAUCGCAGGAUCACCAGAAGCCAGUAUCAAAAGAGGGAGCUGGAAUACACUGGAGAAGGGAGAGAAGAGCUUCCAGCAAAAAAGAGAAGGCGUGUGAAAAAAGAAAGAUUGGAAAAGCAGGGAGUUGAAACAUCACUGGUAAAUGAGAAGAAAAGGCAACUUCGAGAGAUGUGCAGUGAGAAUAAAGGCAGCAGCAGCAAGAUGGAUUCAAAUUGCAUCAUCACAAACGCAUUAAGGAAAGUCAUGAGAAUGCCUAGUGCCUGCAGUCUGAAACCAAAAAAGGAUCGGUCGCAAUCCUCAGAGCCACAUGGUCACAAAGAAUCUGGUCUUGUAAAUAAACAUCAUGCUAAGACAAACAGAGCCAAAAAACUUGACAAGUCGACAAAGAAGACGUUCAUUGACAAUCAUCCUAAAACAGAUCUUUCUGCUUUUGAAAUGAUGAAAAACCUCUUGGAGAACCGAAGAAAGAAAGAAUUACAAAACAAUGAUGAUCGCAGAAGUUGUAAUGCAGAAAGUCAGAUAGAAAGGGAAAGAGGACAAGAAGACAGCAGUCAUGCCAAGGUUUGCAGCCCAGAUGAUGUUACGCUUACAAACUUUACACCCAUGCCUUCUGCCUCACCUGCAAUGGUUCCUGCGCUGCCACUUGAGCAAUCCAGACACACACAAAGCUCCACAGACAGUUCAGAAGAAGAUGUGGAUGUUGUUGAGAUUUCCAGCUCCUUGUCCGAGUCUGCUGUUGUUCAGCCGCUGGUUGCCGAUAUUGUGCUUAGUACAGAGGAGGAUGAAGAAGAUGCAGAGAUUGAUGUAUUAGAUUCUAAUUAAGGUUUUCUCGUUUUUGUCUAUUUAGUACUGUUUAGCUUUAGAGUUCUGAAUAAAUGUGUACCGACAUAUUUGAAAUGCAAAUUUUAAAAUCUGAAAGACAGGUGGUACUUGGUACCGUUGCUUGUAUAUAAUUUGAUUUAGGGGUUCCGAAAGUGAUAACCGGCAGUAUUUGCUGUUUUGACAUUGGUGGCUUCGGUUUCAUGAGAAUUUUGACAGGUUUAAGUUCUUAAUCUUUAAGUUUUUUAUUUUUAAGUCACACUUUGUAAUUCAGAAGACUGAUAUUAAUCAAGCCAUGUUUUCUUGCU